AUGUGGCUCUCUUUAAGAGUUCUGCUGAAAGCGGUCUUUGACCUUUCCAACUACAUUGAUAGAAGCCAGUUGACUGCAUCUUUAGGCGGCUACCUGGUUUACUGUCAUCGGAGUUGGGUUUCCUUUGUCAAGGAGAUAGAUGGCUUUGUUCAGGAGUUUCUCUCGGUGGUCCAGAGGCUCCCGUCCUCCAUCUCCACCCUGCAGACCCUCUCCAGACAGCCUGUCCCCUCUGCCUUCACUGAGCUGAAGGCCUUCUGUUACACCAACGAGGCCAAGUUCCAUAUGCUUCGGCGGGAGCUGGGGUUGGAUGAGCUGCUAAGGCACUGUGAGUGUGUGGUGGAGAAGAUGCGCCACCCCGAGAAGAACUCGUGCUAUCAGGCCAUGGUUGGGACAGCCCUCUUCACCAACACAGCCUUCGACAUGCUGCAGAACUACAGCAGGAUAACUGUGGCUGUGGAAAAAAUUGAGUUGCUGUGGCAACAGGCCUUUUCCAAGGCCCACCUCCAGCUACAGGUCUUCCAGCUGCGUAAUGAGGCACAGCAGUUAACAGAACAGAUUAAAAGCCUUCAGAAAGAGAAGCUUCAGCCUUACAGAAUAGAGAUCUCUAAAGAUGCCAGAAGGGCUGAGAUGUUAACGUCAGAAUUCGAGGCAUCGAUCUAUACCCCUGCCAUGGCCCUGGUUCGCUGUUCUGAAGAUGUGAUCCACACAUUAGCUGAGGUUCUGCCUCCUGGUGAUGUCCAGACCAGGGAAGAGUGGGUGCAGGAUCUGGACAGACUGAAGGAGAACUUCCACGCUGCUGUAGAGCUCCCUCAUCAGACCCUCCGAGCAGUCUCUGACUUCUACCACUACUACAGAAAGGCCAAUAGUUGGUACAACAUAGUCCUGUGUGAGAACUUUCUCCAAGACCUUCUGUGGGGUGUGAACUAUGACCCCCUCCCCAGGCGGCGCCACCUGCUGGAGAAGCAUGGCCCUGUCCCUGUGUGGAGGCAGGCAGUCUGUGACUUCCUGAGAAACAACCCCUCCCCGGACAUGGAGGAGCUGGUCCAGCUUGCUCACCUGGCCAACGUCAUCCCUGACGCCCACCUACAGCAGACUGGCAAACGGCUAUCACAAAGAUGCAUGAAUCUGUGUAAACUUCUGACCUGUCCAGGUGUAGUACCUAUCAACGACCUCCAGUCAGCGCUGCAGUGGCAGUAUGAGUUUCUGAGAGCCAGCCACAGGGAAGGACCUAGGCCACACACUAACCUUGCUGUAGGCAGAGUACCUGAGGCCAGUCUCAACAUUCCAGAUGUGACGCUUAGUCACAGUGGAACCUCUGGUUCCAGAUCUGACUGCCACACUAAGGACAACAUGCACAGCCACGGCUCUCUCUCCAACCUCAAGCACCAUCAGGCCCCUCUGGGUACGUCUCCCUCCAGUGCCGUCUCUGGGGCUGUGUCUGCUGUGGGGAAGCCUCCCUCCCUCAGCUCCUUUGACUCUGGCUUUGAUGGAGCAGGAAGUGGCCACAUGGAGACAGGAGCUGGGCGAGAGGGAUGGGAGGGGCCGUCCAGGGUACCAGGCACCAGGGACUCCAUCAGGCCCAUCACCAGGCAGCCCAAGAUCCAUGAGGAGAACAUCUCCAGCGUGUCUGAUGUUGAGGAGCGCAGGGAGGAUUUUGACUUUGGCUCCAUGGGCAGCACCUCAAGGGCCAGCAUUCAGAUCAUCCCAAAGAUAACUGUGGACUCGAUGCAUUUUGAGAUCAAGCUGAAGCGUUCGGCUACCCUGCCCCAUAAUCCAUGGCUCAGUCUGCCUGUGGAAGACCUUGAGAACUCCUACACGGUCACCAUCACUCAGAACCCAUCACAGUCACCACAGUUGCGGGAUGUUAAGAACCCAAACCCUUCAGAGUACUACCACCACAGUGACCAAUUAUCCAACUGGUCCAGAGACCAGCCCACACAGACGGAGGUACAAACCAACCCUCAGAGCAGAGGGGCACAGCCCAGCGACCGUAUCCUACAGGCACAGGACAGCUUUGACUCGGAACUGAGUGCCAUUCGGGAUCCCCUUUCAAGCACCAUCACAGAUGCAAGAGAUGGGCCCAACUACACUGCAGAGAGCAGCCCCACUCUCCUCUGGGAUACGUAUGACUUUCACAACCCCAAACAGGACAGCGGUGAAAGGAUAACCAGCUCCAUGACUGAAGUCUCGUUAAAUGACUGGGACCUGAAGGAGCAGGAGGGUCUCAGGAAGGUAGAGGAGAUCUUGGACCGGGCAGCUGGAAUACUAGAGGCAUGUUGGAGGAAGAGAAUGUGA